AAUAAUCUGUUUUUUGAGUUAGGUCAUUUUUACAUACACACAGAGGACAUACACAUGAAGGAUUUGAUGGCCAGUUGCAUUUUUCUCAAGCACAUUAAAAUGAGAAUGUGGCCGUUUAAAUAGUGUUAUAUCCUUCCACAAUCACUUCACACCCCCACCCUGCCCCUCCACACACACACACAUGUACUACCAUGGCAGCUGGUGGCACACCUGGAUGAACAGGUGAUCCCAGGGCUCUUCUAGUGCCCUUCUAACCCGAGGCUGUUGGCAGCUGCUUUUCCCCACCUGAGGACCUUGGAGCAAAAGCUCAGCUUGGAGCAAAGUCUCCUCUUCAGGACUGAGCCCAGAAGAACCAGAGCGCUUGGUCUUGAGGCAUCUGAAGUUGCCAUCCUGGGGUCAGAGAUGCUUCCUGGCACAUCCUGCUUUCUUUGCGAUGGGCGACCUGGGCAGGAGGCAGAUUGCUCCCUGUCCACACCUGUGCCCGGAGGAGCCCAGUGUCUCCUCUGUGUCUUCCUCGGUGGAGACAGCCAUCACGCCCAAGCUCAUUCAGCCUUUGAAAAGAAUCUUGCCAAUUAUUUUAAUGUAUCAAAGAAAUUAAUUAUAGGUUUGGGAUUUGUUAGGUCUAUUUUCAGAAUUCUAUGAUCUCAAACAUAAAUAGCACUUCACUCUGGCCUAAGGAGCUGAAACGCUUAAUACCAGUGGAGGCAGAGAGGGAGAAGGUGGGGAGGAAGAAGACAGCAUCACUCUACCACCAUCCACAUCCCUGUCUGCUCACCUACAUGAAUCCAGACAUCUCUCAAGCCCCAACUUGGUACCAAGCUCUAGUCUGAGUGCUGAGUGAGAAAGGAGACAGAAAUUCCUGCCCUCAUGGAGCCGAGAUUUUAGUGGAGGAAGUCAGACGAUGCACACGGUUAAUAAUACAGCAGAUGACAUUGUCCAUUUAUCACAAAGGAAGGGAGAGGAGGCAGGACCACCACGCAGAUGGAACAAGCCACUGCCACGAGGAGCGUGAUGCCUGCAAAUCAGGGAGUCCUCUCUCUUCAUCGCUUCAGCAAAUGUUUAUUGAGCACCUAGGAUGUGCCAAUAUUAUGCAAAGCAUUAAGGAUCUGUCAGGGGACCAGAAAGCACAGCUUGGCGCUUAAAUGAUCUAAGAGAGAGAUGAGAAAUAAUCAGGGAGCUACUAGAAUGGAGGGUGCUACGAAGGGAACAGCAGGGGAGGAGGCAAAGUGGACCGUCUGUGUGCCCCUUCUCAGGUGGGCACCCAACUGUGGACCCAUGCAGGGAAUUCCUGUUGCAGGAGACAGAGUUUUGCUUUUGCUCCAGGGGAGGAAGUGUAGGAAGUAUGGAUCUUGGUUCUCCAGGAAGGGGAAUAUGGCAGGAUCACGCUCACCCAACUGAGAACCAGAAGCAGGCAAAGAUGGGGGUGUAUGGGGGUGCUGCCCAUGGUACCCUCCCUGCCAUGUGUACCCAGGGACGCUCCCGCCUCCCUAAAUAUCCUCGGUGCCUGCAGAUGGCAGUGAUGUUGCUAACCCAAGCGAGCAGGUAGCAAUUCCUUUUAAUGCUAAAGCAGGGUGCCCUGGGGUUCUACAGUUUAGGGGCAGAAGCCUCCACCAGAAAACUGCAUCAGUGGAGUUAGCAACUGAGCCAUCCCCAAAGCUGGGCUCUCACCACCUCCUGCUCCAAAUUUCAAGCAGCUACAGUCAGGCGUGCCAACCACAAAGUGCCCGGGCUGCACACACAGCCGAGAACAAUCCGCUGUUGGCUGAGAUCUGAGUGUUUGCAGGGUUUCUUGGCACCUGUGCUUUCCCACGUUUGCCCUGUGAGAGAAUCUGGCUGACGGCCAAGCUUCCAACCGACAGGAAGCUUGAUUUGCUCAGCCACCAUUCUCACGUGGAGGCAGGAGGCAGCCCCACCCCCACCACCACCACACACAUGCACACAUGUGUGCAAACACAUUCAGGCCAUACACUUUUAUAUGCACACACACAUACUGUCAUCCACACAUGCACACACAACACUCAGUCUUGUACACACACGUGCAACGCACAUACACGCACAGACACACACUUGUGCGCAGACACAUGGGGCCCCAGAAGCCCGGGCCCCCCGCUAACCGCGUGUCCGGGUCUCCGUGCGCAGUGCAAGGUGCGGGAGUUGGAGGAGAAAUGCCGGACGCAGAGUGAGCAGUUCAGCCUGUUGUCCCGGGAUCUGGAGCAGUUUCGCCAGCACGCCGGCAAGAUCGACCUGCUGGGCGGCAGCACUGUGGCCUCCCUGGACGUCCCGUCGUCCCCCAGCAAGUCUUUCCCAAGGUUCAUGAACGGACUGGCUCCCUCCAUCGGAAAAGGUCAGGAGAGUGCCCUUGGAAGCCGCACUGUGAUCGGUGAAUAUAUCCGGCCCCUCCCGCUCCAGGGUGACAAGCCGGAACCUCUGUCCGUCAAGCCCACCUUCCUGUCAAGAUCCGGUGGCCCAAGAUGCAGAUUUGAAUCAGACAUGGAUAAUGAUCGGAAUUCCAAUACCGCCAAGCAGAGGUACUCGGGCAAGGUCCACUUGUGUGUCGCCCGCUACAGUUAUAACCCCUUCGAUGGGCCCAAUGAGAACCCAGAGGCUGAGCUGCCCCUCACAGCAGGGAAGUAUCUCUACGUCUAUGGAGACAUGGAUGAGGAUGGCUUCUAUGAAGGGGAGCUUCUGGAUGGGCAGCGGGGCCUGGUGCCCUCCAACUUCGUGGAUUUCAUCCAGGACAACGAGUCUCGACUGGCCAGCACGCUGGGGAAUGACCAGGAUCAGAACUUCAUCAACCACGCGGGCAUCGGCUCGGAGGGGGAGAACAUUCUAGACCUCCACUCUCCGACACUCACGGACUCCAGCCUCGCCGACCACGGGGCAGGGACGCUGGACGUGAACAUCGACGACAUCGGAGAAGACAUCGUGCCUUACCCUCGGAAAAUCACCCUCAUCAAACAACUCGCCAAAAGUGUCAUUGUGGGCUGGGAGCCCCCGGCAGUGCCCCCAGGCUGGGGGACCGUGAACAGCUACAACGUGCUGGUGGACGCGGAGACGCGCCUGAGCCUGGCGCUGGGCGGCAGGACCAAGGCCCUGGUGGAGAAGCUGAACAUGGCAGCCUGCACCUACCGCAUCUCCGUGCAGUGCGUCACCAGCCGGGGCAGCUCAGACGAGCUGCGGUGCACGCUGCUGGUGGGCAAGGAUGUGGUGGUGGCUCCCUCCCACCUGCGCGUGGACAACAUCACCCAGAUCUCUGCCCAGCUGUCCUGGCUGCCCACCAACAGCAACUACAGCCACGUCAUCUUCCUCAACGAGCAGGAGUUGGAUAUCGUCAGGGCCGCCAGGUACAAGUACCAGUUCUGCAACCUCAGGCCCAACAUGGCUUACAAGGUGAAGGUCCUGGCCAAGCCCCAUCAGAUGCCCUGGCAGCUACCCCUGGAGCAAAGGGAGAGGAAGGAGGCCUUCGUGGAGUUUUCCACGCUGCCUGCAGGUCCUCCAGCACCCCCACAAGAUGUUGCCGUCCAAGCUGGGGCCACCCCAGCCACCGUCCAGGUCUCCUGGAGGCCGCCUGCUCUGACGGCCACUGGGCUAUCCAAUGGAGCCAAUGUCACCGGCUACGGCGUGUAUGCAAAAGGGCAGAGGGUCGCUGAGAUCAUCUCGCCCACAGCAGACGGCACGGCCGUGGAGCUGGUGCGCCUGCGCAGCCUGGAAGCCAAGGGCGUGACCGUGCGGACCCUCUCUGCCCAGGGCGAGUCCGUGGACUCUGCCGUCGCUGCCAUUCCCCCCGACCUCCUGGUGCCUCCAACCCCCCACCCGAGAACUGCUCCCACACCGAAGCCAUUAGCAAGUGCCGGAGCCCCCGAAACCAAAGAUGAGCACCCGGGUCCCCACGCCGCGGUGGACGAGGCCUGGGAACAUGGCCGGGCACCCGCCCCAGUCCACGGGCACCUGCUGGAGCCGCCCGGCCUGCAGGGCUCGGGCCCCGGGCGGCGGUCACCCUCGCCCAGCCGCAUCCUCCCGCAGCCGCAGGGCGUCCCGGUCUCCACCUCCGUUGCCAAGGCCAUGGCCCGGGAAGCCGCGCAGAGGGUGGCCGAGAGCAGCAGGUUAGAGAAAAGGAGCGUCUUCCUGGAGAGGAGCAGCGGACAGUAUGCAAACUCGGACGAGGAGGACGGCUAUGAGUCCCCGGACGUCAAGAGGAGGGGCGCAUCCGUGGAUGAGUUCCUGAAAGGCUCGGAGCUGGGCAAACCGCCGCACUGUUGCCAUGGAGACGAGUACCACACGGAGAGCAGCCGGGGGUCUGACCUCUCGGACAUCAUGGAGGAGGACGAGGAGGAGCUGUACUCUGAAAUGCAGCUGGAGGACGGGGGCAGGAGGCGGCCAAGCGGCACAUCCCACAAUGCCCUCAAGAUUUUAGGAAACCCGGUGACCGCAGGACGGGCUGAUCGGGCGGAUCACGUGGGCCGGAGGUUUUCCCACGGCAGUGCUGGUUCCCACAGGUCCCGGCCAGUGAUGGUCCAUGCUGCGGAUGAGUACGGGCGGGACCGGCUUUCUCCGGACUUCUACGAAGAGUCAGAGACAGACCCUGGGGCGGAAGAGCUCCCAGCCCGCAUCUUUGUGGCCCUUUUUGACUACGACCCCCUUACCAUGUCCCCGAACCCAGACGCUGCAGAAGAGGAGCUUCCCUUUAAAGAAGGGCAGAUCAUCAAGGUGUAUGGUGAUAAAGACGCUGAUGGAUUCUACCGCGGGGAAACCUGUGCCCGGCUUGGCCUUAUUCCCUGUAACAUGGUCUCUGAAAUCCAGGCAGAUGAUGAAGAGAUGAUGGACCAGCUUCUCAGACAAGGCUUCCUCCCUCUGAACACACCUGUGGAGAAAAUAGAGAGAAACAGGAGAAGCGGCAGACAGCACUCGGUGUCGACGCGAAGAAUGGUGGCCCUGUACGACUAUGACCCGAGGGAGAGCUCGCCCAACAUUGACGUCGAGGCUGAACUUACAUUUUGCACAGGAGAUAUUAUUACUGUUUUUGGCGAAAUUGAUGAAGAUGGAUUUUAUUAUGGGGAGCUUAAUGGGCAGAAAGGGCUUGUACCUUCCAACUUCCUAGAAGAAGUGCCUGAUGAUGUAGAAGUCUACCUUUCCGACGCGCCAUCCCAUUACUCACAGGACAUGCCAAUGCGCUCCAAGACGAAAAGGGUUCCUCCUGAGGGUUCAGGUACAGCAAGGAGAGCGCCAUCCCCCACAGUACAUCUCCAUUCGGGGUCACCUACGUCAUCUAUGGGUACUGGUAGUCCUGGGAGAGGCAGGGAAAUGUCCUCGAAAAAGAAAAAGGGGCUGCUUUCCAAAGGCAAGAAACUGCUGAAAAAACUGGGUGCAGUGAAAUGAUUCAUGUGCUUCCGGACAACUUCCAAAUCUAUGUAAUUUUCUUUAAUUCCAAACUAGGGCUUUCAUGACUCAAGUACUUCCUAAAAAAACAAUCUUCUCCCCUGACACCAGUAGAGAAAUGCUCUUUGCACUACCAUCCACUUUAAGCCCAGCGCCAGGACAAAGAGCUGCUGGUGCUCCCACCCGCCUCCGCCCACCGCUCUUAUUAGUGCCCGGGCUCUGGCGGGAGCUGGGGUGUCGCGUGAACAUGCAGGGAGCCAGUAGCUCUUUGUAGCUCACUCCCUACCUGGGAUCCAGUCUUUGUGCAUUUGUCAUCUGCCCUUAAAGGAAUGAUUUCAACCUCUCUCCCUUUUCAAAAUGCUUGCCUCAUAAUGCAUAACUCUCACUUUAACUCUGGUCUUGAAAUUCCUAGUUUAUCGCCUUGAUGUUUUGCCUUAUAAAUGCACAGUGAUUUGUACUGUCUAAUAAAAACUACAGUGUCCACUUUGUAUGUGUUGUGCAUUCAGUGCUCUCAUCCUCACAGACACAGUGGUUUGAAACCAAGUUGUGCAGGCUGUGCAAUUUAAGAUCCUGGCUUUUCAGCUUUUAAAGCAAGCCAGGCAACACACAGAAAAUGUUUACUUAUUCAAAUCAUUCAAAAAAGAGGAGAGGAGAUAGCUUUGGUAAAGUACCACACUUCUCCAACCUGCCAGAAACCUGGUAAUAUUCAUUGCUUUCAGUGUUACAUUUUGUGGCAUAUGGAUUUACGUUCCUUUCAUUAUUUGUCAAAAUGCCAUACACAGUCAACAAUGAACAGCACACACGUAAAGCAAUCCACAUAAUGCAUAAGCCACACCAAAAACAUCCUAAGUUUAAGUCUCUUCAAAAUUAUUCCAUACCAAUCUUCACCAUUGGCACUUGAACAAAAACAGAUUUACAAAGUUGUUGGCAGAUGUAUUUGAUGGUUACUAUUUUGUAAUUCUUGUCCACUUGUAAAUUGUUUUUACUCUUUAUACAUACUUUUCAGACUGCCUUUCUUUUGUAAUUUAUGGAAGGUUUAUAAAUGAAUGACAAAGCUUUCCCCAUUGUGUCUUCAAAAACUAUAUUGUAAAUUGUAAUAUAAUAGUAUGUGGUAGAUUUAUUAAAAGGAAAUUACUCUGUGUGGUUAAGUUCUGCGUGGGUGUGUGCAUGUGUACAGCUAGUGUAAAAUAUUUUAUAGAAAUAAAAUUUGUUAUUUUAUACAA